UUGAACAUGUUGUGACAGCGCGAAUGUCUGUCUACUAUGUAUUUAUGCCAUUAAUGAUUAUUCCUUGACCAUAUGAAUUCAUUUUCGACCGCGGCGAUUGACUCGAGGGGCUGUAGACAUGUCGUGGACAGAUCGCCACGGUUUGGUGGGUGAUCUUCACAUGAAGAGCAAAGAGGAGCUGCGUGAGUUACUCCUACGACAGGAGAAGUUACUCAGCAAUAAGCGCUUCAUCCACUCCCUGCCUGAUAAGGGUAAGAAGAUAUCUGAGUUUGCAGGGCGGGUGCGUGAGGCCCUUUCCCAGGCCGAGGAGGCUGAGAGGAGGGGCGAUGAGCUGGGGACGGUCCGCUCCGACUUCCAGAGCCAGUACCAGCAGGCCCUGACCCGCAGACAACCUCACUCCAGAACCGCAGCACUGGACCUGCACGUGGGCUCGGUACCAACUCAGGAGAACACUGGAGAGGGGGGAGCACCAGAACCUCAGCAUCUAGAACUCUCAGGACAGAGUAGAACCACACCUGUCAGAACCUCUAAUCGUCAUGACGACAGCAGUGCUGCCAAGCAACAACAGGGUUCUAGUUCAUUGAACUCCAUGGAGACCACUCCCCAACAACAGGGUUCAGAGCUGGCGGAAGCGAUGGCUAGAGUGUCUCUGGCGGAGGAGGGGGCAGUAGAAGGUUCCGGAAGGCCCGCCACGGUCGCCCCCGGUAACCCGUUUGCGAGGAAGCCUCCGAGUGUGGAGCUAGUGGAGAGGAAGGAGAAGAGCGCCAUGGAACACUCGCACGCACACAGAGCCAAGUUCAAACCCAACCAGUCCAAGAUACAGCCCAAGUCGGGGUCCCCCUCUCCCUCGCCGUCUCCAAGGGGCGUGUCUCCUUCUCCAGGGGGCGUGUCUUCAUUUCCAGGGGGCGUGUCUCCGCUCUCCGCUGAGGCCCGUCGCCAGCGGGACAGGAAGCACCUUGAUGACAUCACGGCCGCCAAGCUCCCGCCCCUCCACCACAUGCCCGCCCAGCUGCUGAGCCUGGAGGAGACACACACACUCAUGACCCAGCACACACACAGGCAGAUGGAGCUGGAGGCCAGGCUGUCUGCCCAGAAGCUGUGCGAGGGCUGGAGUGUGAAGAGGAGGUCAACACACACGCAGGGGGCAGAGGAGCAGGACGAAGAGGAGGAGCAGGAGGAGGAGGAGGAAGACUAGAGAGAGAGAGAGAGAGAGUGUGUGUGUGUGUGUGUGUGUGUGUGUCUGUGUGUGUGUGUGUUUAGGGGGAGCAAGAAUAAGAGGAAGAGGAUGAUGAUGAAGAGUAGAUUGUGUGUGUGUGUGUGUGUGUGUGUGUGUGUGUGUGUGUGUGUGUGUGUGUGUGUGUGUGUGUGUGUGUGUGUGUGUGCGCAUCAGCACGCGGAGGGGGCAGAAGACAAAUAUGAAGACUAGAGAGAGAGUGUGUGUGUGUUGCAGUGGGGAUAGUGGAGGAUAACACAACGUCUGUUGAGGACUAGUGUGUGUGUGUGUGUGUGUGUGUGUGUGUGUGUGUGUGUGUGUGUGUGUUUGAUAGAGCGAGAGAGGGAGAGAGUGUGUGUGUGUUUGAGAGAGAGAGAGAGAGUGUGUGUGUGUGUGUGUGUGUGUGUGUGUGUGUGUGUGUGUGUGUGUGUGUGUGUGUUUG